GCCGCAGGGCCGCCGCGCGGGGCCGCCACCGCGCGCGGCGCGCGAGCCUCGGGCCGCCAUGGCGGCCGACCUGCGGGCCGCGGUGCCGUCCGGCCUGCCGCCUCGGCCCGACGGCGGCCUCCCCGGGCACAGCAGAGCCACGACCACAACGGAGGGGACUUUUCUGGAGGGCCCCUCGGGGGAGAGCCCGCCGACCUCGGCAUGAACACUUCGGCCGUGGUCGUGGCCGACUCGGCCGCCUGGGGCGCCCACAUCGACCAGAACCCGCGCCAACCGGGUAUCUGUAUUCUGGCGUGGGUAAAACAGUCCCCAGGGGUGCGUCCUCGACGUGGUCGUGCUUGCUUGCUGUCCCCCGAAGGCCUCGACCUGCCGUCUCGCAUCAUCUCGGCGCGGAACACCUUCAUCGAGACCUUGGACGCGUCCGGAACCCUGGACGCUUCCUGCGAGCUGGACCCCACGCCCCCGCCUGGCCUCAUCCUGGAACGGUCACUGACGUGGCCCACCCGGAGGUCGAGCGGGGCGGAGGCCGAUCGGGACGGCUCGGAGCGGGGCAGCGAGAACUCGGAGGACGGGGGACCGCGACGACGUGCCCCCCCUGAGGGCCGACGCCGAGUUCCCGCUGGGGCCGUACUCGCCCGAGGAGCUGAUCGUGUCAUCCUCGCUGCAGGACUUGCCGCCUAA